GAAAAACGAGGAACUCGAAGAUAUUCAAAUUUGGCGCGGUUGAAAAACUGGUCCAGCCAGCAUCGGUGGCAGGGAAGGAGCGAAUCGUGGGAACAGUGUCAUCUGUCAUCGAACUUUCUUCGGUUUUUAUUUCUAUCGGCGGCAUGUAUUAUCGCAAGCAGUGAAGGUACUUGGUGCACAUUUGUCGGGAACAUGACUAAAACACUCGCCAGAACACAGUGAAUAUACAUUUUUAGAAAUUAUGUGAAUAUUUGUGAUAGAAAUGGCAUUUCUAUGCCCAGUGCGUAUCAGACGCGGCAAGAAAAAAAAGGUUUCCAGCGUUGAUUUGGAAAAAGAACUGAGUAGAAGUAGCAAUGGAGUCACGCCGGGCAUGGGUAGGAUUACCGGUUCCGCCAGCAUUGAAACUCUCGUUCGAGUUGGAAUAGAAAAGGAGCAUGGGCUGUCUCCAGACAGUAAAAUGGUUGUCCUUCACGACUUUACCCCCUGCGUGGACGACGAACUCGAAGUAAAGCGCGGACAAAUCGUCAACAUUUUAUAUCGAGAAAACGACUGGGUGUACGUGAUAGCGCCUGACACAAGACAAGAGGGAUUCAUACCCUUUUCAUAUUGCACCCCCUACAAUAACCAUCUAGCAGAGAUGGCGGUGAAAAAAAAAUUGCCCCGCGAUGCCCAUCUCACAUCAGGGAACAGUUCCGACACUAACCAUGACUGCGACUUGCCGGGGGUGGAUACUAGUGACUGUGAUUCCUUAGGAAAGGCAAAACAUGGUACUGGAGCAGCAUCGCCGGUCAGCAUCCAAUCCGAACCAGACAUGAUUCCUUUCUCUAAAGACCCUUCUGGGAGAUAUAUUGUUUUGUACACAUUUAUAGCAAGGGAUGAAAAUGAUGUGUCUGUAGAGAGGGGAGAGUUUGUUACAGUUUUAAACAGAGAAGAUCCAGAUUGGUACUGGAUUGUAAGAAGUGACGGGCAAGAAGGAUUUAUACCUUCCGGAUUUGUUUAUCCCGCUGAUAACGUAAUACAAGGUCAUUUGAACGGAACAAACCAGACGGGCGUAGGCACUUUUCCAAACCAGACCAACACUCACACUUUGACCGCCUCAAGUGGAGAUGAUCUCCGGUACCACGGUACAGAACUUGUAAUGCUCUAUGAUUAUAAAGCACAGGCGCCGGACGAUCUUACUGUACGUAGAGGGGAUUGGAUUUAUGCAGAUCUCAACAACCAGACUGUAGAUGGAUGGCUCUGGGCCUACGCGCCCAAAACGAGGAAAUAUGGCUUUAUUCCUAAAGCUUAUGCCAGGCCUCCUGCCAUGACUAGUUUAUAACUGUCGCCAUAAUUAUGAUAUUCUGGUUUUAUAUAUAUUUUUCAUAUUUUGUAUAAAGUGUCUCCUAAUAUAGGAUUUUUAAACAAAUUUAGUCUAAGUGUCUCCUAAUAUAGGAUUUUUAAACAAAUUUAGUCUGUCAUUUACUUGUUGCAAAAACCUCCAAAUUUCCAGCACAUUCAGCGCAUACUUCUAAAUUUCACCCACUAACCUGCACAGUCCACGCAACUCGUUAUACCAUAUCAAUUAACAAGACUUACGGAUAUUUUUUAAAGAUCUUUUAGUAAAAAUACUAUAUUUAAAGUGAAAUCUGUCGAAUUUACGAAGUUUCAGCGGUCGUAUUGGUUGUUGAACGAUGCUGAAUUUUGUUGGUUGAAAACGAGAUGUCAAAUGACAGCGCAUACGCAUAAUCAAUAUUUUUUUUCAUGCUCGCUUCAAAAAUUACUGUAUUCAUAUUUCUACUAAAGACAUAGAGGCCUUGCCUAUGCCAAUAAAACGGCAACUUGCGCAGCAACUAUGAAAAGGUUUGUUGAGAAGGUCCAUUCGAGAUGCACAUAAGCGAGAUUUAAGAUCUCACUUUUUAACCAAUGUGCCUACAUCUCAUUAAAUGUUCUAGAAAAAUGAACUAAGUGAUGGAUAUAUGGUAUGAUGAAUGAAUGAUCGCAGUAGUGUGGCCUAGUGUCUUGUAAAUUGCAUAAGACGAUAAUUUUUUGUUUUGGUCGAAUAAUCCUUGAACCUUGGCCAAUUGCAGUAGAAGAAAAAGGAUUAAGCUGACUUAUUCAAGAAAAAUAUAUGCCCUUAACGGUAGAAUUCGUAAUAAUGACAAAUACCGGCGACAGGGCAUUAAAUUUGCUUCGUUGGUUACCGCGCGUAUGCUUGAAAAAUAUUAGAGACAAUCCAGGAUCUAAACUG